AUGGAUCAUGGUUUCUGUAGCCACACAUAUGAUGACUGGGAACCCUGGUGGAGACUGGACCUGAUGCAGAAAUACAAAGUGAACAUGGUUGUGGUCUAUGGCAGGACGGACAACGCUUUGUAUCGGAUGCAGGGUCUUGAGCUCCGAUUUGGAGAUUCCCCAAACAAUCACAACCCAGUGUGCGGUACGAUCACCAACUAUAAAAAUGCCACCACAACUUUCUGCUGUAAUGGGAUGGAGGGUCGAUACAUCAGCGCGGUGAUCCCGGGGCACAGUGAAUACCUGCACCUGUGUGAGGUGGAGGUCUACGGGGAGCCUGCACCUGAGGAGUAUGAUAUCUGCUAG